AAAGAAAGUGAAUCAGACAGUAUAACAUGCAUAACGAGAGAGACAGAUUUAUGGUCAGACAUAAAUUUUGGAGGUAGAAUAAUUCAAACUGGACAAAAAAAAAAAAAAAUACACUACUAAAGUAAAAGAUUAUUCAUUAGAAUGUAUCAGUACAAUUUUGUCUUCCUCAUACUUACCUUGUGUUUCAAAUUUUUCAGUGGAGCAGCUAAUUUGUAUACUCCGCAUCACCAAAGAUUUGACCCCUUCUGGAAAUAUGGAAAAUGUUCAUAUACAUGUACCAAAAGAUUAACAAAAUUUGAUGUAAAGAUAAUGAGAUGCCCUCACAAUGUCUUUAUGGUGUGUCCUCGUACUUUCACUAAAUAUUAUCUGAAAAAGCAAAAAUGUGUCAAGUGUUGUGCAGGAUUUAGUAAAGUCGAUUUGGGAAUCUGUAAAUAUAAAGACUGUUUUUUACAUUGCAAAGGCACAAAGCAUGAAAUUUCUGAGGAGAAGGAUAGUCAAUUGCAUUGA